AUGGCUUGGAAGAGCCUUUGUGAGAAGCACGCAUAUCGUCGCAUGUCAGAUGACACUCCUUCGACCAACACCAGGCAGCAACAUUCGUCGCCCUACGAGCCGUCUCACUCGGGAUCGUCUCUCAGCUUCGCCACGCAUGCUCUUCGCAUACAUAACCCCGCAUUUGCCAGCUUCAGCACUUCAACUCCUGAUCUAAGUCGUGUCAAGAGUCUCGACAGAACAACCUCCGCUCCAGUCCUGCCUUCCUCGGCCAUUCGCCGACGACCACAAGCCAUGACUUACCGCUCUCACUUCAAGCAAAAGUACCAGGUCGAAACCGCUUGGAGAACUGGCGGCAAGGUCGACCAAAGACAGAUCACCCCAGAUCAAGGUGUUGUGACCAGUCUGCAUCUUACCGACAAGUACAUCAUCGUUGCCCUGGACAACGCAAAAAUCCACGUUUUCGACACCGAAGGCAAGCAUCUGAGAUGCCUACAAGGCCAUGUCAUGGGUGUGUGGGCCAUGGUUCCUUGGGGUGACACUUUGGUGUCUGGUGGCUGUGACAGAGACGUCCGCGUCUGGAAUAUGGCGACUGGGUGA